AAUAGAUCGGCGCGCGCGCAGUUGUACACCGGGCGCGCAACAUGGCGGACGCUGAGACCAUUCUGCGCGAUCUAAUCGUGAAAAUCGCUCGCGAACAAGACUUCGAGGAGCAUGAAGUGCAGAUCAAAGCCAUUACCAGCGGCGGCGCCAACUACACCUCGGCGCUGUACCUCAUCGACCUCAUAUUCCCCAAUAGAAAAGACAUGAACCUGUUCGCGAAGGUGGCUAUUGUCGGGAAGACGAUGCGCGAAGUCAUGAACGUUGGUCGCUUGUACCACCUCGAGGACUACUUCUAUACUAAACUCGCGAAGACGUACGAGGACUUACAGUCGAGACACGGCAUCACCGGCGACGAUUUGUUGUCCUACCCUAAAUAUUACGGUUGCAGCACUAAAGAGUUCCAAGAGGCGGUUAUAAUGGAGAACUUGGUGGCGCGAGGGUACGGGUCCUACAGCAGGUUCGAGCCGGUGGACUGGGAACACGCGGCCAGCACCGUUGAAACACUAGCUAAAUUCCACGCUCUGUCGUUCGCUUAUCAGAAGGAAAAGCCUGAAGAUUUUGAGAAGGCUUGUGAACAUCUGGUGUACCAGAUACCAGAGACGACUGAAGUGGGUAAAGAGUACUGGGCGAGGAUGAUAAAGAACUGUAUCGGGUUCAUAAGGGAGGACCUGAGAGGGCGGUUCCUCAAGAGUGUCCAGGACCUGGGCGAGGAUAUGAAUACCAAGUUCAAGAGGCCUUUGAUUGCGAAAGUUUUACUACAUGGCGAUUACAGAACCAGUAACCUCAUGUACAAACGGAAGGGCAAUAAAGUGCUCACAAUGCCGGUGGACUUCCAAACGAUCCACGUGGGCUGCGUGGCCACCGACCUGCUGUACUUCGAGCUGCUGGCAACCGACGCCGCCUUCCGUAAGCAGCAUCACGCGCGCCUGCUCGACCACUACUACGAGGAACUGACAGCCGCGUUGACACGGCUGCAUGUUGACGUCACCGAGGUGUAUCCGCGUGAGGUGUUCGAUGAGGAGAUGAAGCGGAUGAUGCCAUACGCCAUAUUCCUGAGCAUCGCGCUACUGCCCAUCGUGCUGGUGGAGGCCGAGCACGCGCCGCGCACCGACGGCGACCUGAGCAACUUCAUCAUACCCAGCAACGACCUGUUCGCCAAGCGGUUCGCCGAGCUCAUCGAGGACUGCGACGGUUGGGGUGUCUUAUAAAACCUCACUCAAAUACCAAGGUCUUCUAUAGCGCGGGAAUGCCUAGCAGAAUUUGCACGGAUGUCAUCGCGAGCUUCGAUCAAAAGUCAUGCUGCGUUU